AUGGGCUCAGGGAGGACGGUGAAGUUUGCCCUGUGCGAGGUGCUGCAGUUUGCAGGCCUGUGUGUGCCACUCUUCAUCGUCAUGCAGAGGUUUGCCGUCAUCGUUGCAAAGGUCAAAACAUCAGCACAACCCCCCGGAGACGGCAGCACUGCCUACUGGUUAAUCGUGGCUUCUUCUAUUGCCUAUGUCACCUCCACUGCCCUGCUGGUCUGGGUACCCCUAAAGUAUAUGGUCUUCAUGAAGAAGAAGUUUCUCAUAGGGAGAAAGAAGUGGAGGCCUGUGACACUCGUUUAUGUGAUCCUAUCCACAUUACCCUGCUUUGCCUUUCUUAUUGCCAGCUCUGAGGUUCAGAUAAAUAACAACCUGAAACAUGAUACAUUCACUGAGCUCCCCGUAUCACUAGUCCUCUUCUCACUCAUCUGCAUUGACGUUGUGGAGAGGAUACGACACUGCAGACUGACCGGCCAUGCUAGUGACACCGAAAGAGAUGCUGACAUCCCCUCCACUGUCCUCACACAUGUGGAACAGGUAUCACCAGUAACUCCUAUCACUCCAGCUGUGCCAGGGCCAGCUGUGCCAGGGCAAGGUAUGCCCACUCCUAUGCAACCAGGAGCAAACCAGCUCAAUGACAGGAACCAGAACGGAGCGGGAGCUCGACUAGAGACCAAUGGGACACUACCAGGGAUACCAGGCAACAAUGGGAGGCCAUUUGGCAUCUCUGGAUUGAACCAACCAUCAGGAAGCACCACACCAUACCGCAUAUCUCCCUAUGCAUAUACGGGGCCUCUGAGAUUCCUGUGUGCCACCGAUGCCCGUGCAGACGUGUUUGUGGAUAGCUUUAUGUUUUGGAUGGAUACAGUGGAGAUGGUGAGAGUGGCAGGACAUCCUCUGGUCUACUAUUCAGGCUGGGUGUUUCCCAUCUAUAUCUUCAGCUACCUGUCAUGCUUGCGUGUAGUGGUCAUGCCCCACAGCCCCCUGCUUUCCUCACUAGGAGUAGCCCUGCAGGAUUUACCCUUCUUCUUUGUACGUGUUGGCCUCAUUGCCUUCUUCGGUUUUGUCACGCCCAUCCUCUAUCUGAUGAAGAACUUGUUGGUCUCUCUGGCCUUCAUCUACUUCAACUUUAUGACCAAGCUGAGGGUCUUCAACACAGAGAGGAUGUUCUUUUGAGACCAGCAUUCAAGGACAAACAUGCUUUUU